AUGCUGACUUGUCUAGCCGUCCAACACCCAAAUACUUAUGUUUUGGGAAUAGACCUGGAGCCUCUUCGACGGCGGCCUUCGACGGCGCCGCCGAACUGGGAGUUUCGGAUCAUGGAUGCCAAUGACGAGUGGGACUUUGAGGAUAAGUUUGACUUCAUCCAUAUCCGCAUGUUCGGCGAUGUACCAGUCAAAGAGCGUCUUGUCCAGAAGGUAUGGGACAAUCUCCACCCAGGUGGCUGGGUCGAGUUCACCGAGUGGAUCGUCGAUAUCCAGUCUCCCAACGGCUCGCUGGAUGGUACGGCGUUCCAGAAAUGGAGCAUUCACCUACGAGAAGGACUCCAACGGCUUGGCAGCUCGGUGUUUUUUCCUCUGCAGUACAAGCCCGUGUUGGAGCAGGCGGGGUUCGUACAGAUCGAGGAGAGGAAACAUGCUUCCCCGAACAAUGCGUGCUACCCGGGAAAGCGACUGCAAAGGAUCGGCACGCUGAUGGCCAAGAUGUGGCUCGACGUUCUCGAGCCUAUCUCGGUCCCGGUCUUUGGCGCAUUAGGCUGGACUCCGUCGCAAUUGUCGGCUCUCCUCAAGGAGGUGUACAAGGAGGUUGGCGACACCAAGUACCAUUCAUACAUGACCCUUCGUAUGCAAGGCCCAGCGUACGACCAAGCAGCUGCCAACGAGAGAAGCGGUGAAGGCGCAGCAGGUCCCUAA